GCGUGGCGAGUGACGGGCGUCGUGUUUGUGGAUAGUAAUCGUAGUGAUUAAUUCUUUUAGUACCGUUGUAACGUAAUUAAUAAACAAUUACAUCACAAAAAGUUUAUAGAUGAAGUAAAUCGUGACCCAAGUGACUGAAAUUUGAAUGAUUUAGCCAGAAUGGGACAACAGGAGUAUCACAGGGCAUCGAACGCCCUGGUGUUCGGUGCUAUCCUCACUUAUAUUGCUGGGCUCAUGCUUCUCAUGGCAUUCACAAGCCCAUACUGGAUCGAGUCCUACCAAGAGACGUUCAGCAGUUUCAAGCACAUGGGAUUAUGGGAGUAUUGCUUUAGCGAAUACCAACAUCCCUACUAUCAAUUCUACCGGUUGUUCGAUGGCUGCCAUCAUGUUUUCUCACAUUACUUUUACGUAAUUAGAGAAUGGCUCUUGCCACCCUGGUUAAUGGCUGUUCAAGGAUUCUGCACUAUUGCCUUGAUCGUCUCUUUUGCUAGCCAGGUGGUCACAAUCUUCAUCGUCAUCAGAUGGCCUUUGAGAUUUGUUCUUAAUUACGAAUGGAUGCUCUCUUCGAUUGCCUUUGUUUGCAACGGCAUUGCUGCUAUGUCACUCUUCAUGGCCGUAUCGGUAUUCGGGGGUCAAUGUUGGCGCAGAGAUUGGCUGAUGUACCCCAACUUUAACCACUUGUCUUGGUCUUACGCCAUGGCAGUGAUGUCCUUCAUACUUCAUGGUGUUGCUGCAUUCCUUCUAUACUUAGACUUCAAUAGUGGUUACAAGCGGCGUGAGGAAUCUCGUAAUUUGGUGAUGCAAAUGCACCACAAUCCCCAUGUCCAGCAUGGGCUGCAACCUAUUGGCUUUAUUUAAGUUUAUAAUGAGAUGAAUCUCUAUAUAGUUGUUAACUUCAGUUUCUCUAAGUAAGACUGCCUGCCUUACCGUCCAUUUUUUACAUUUAUAUAUAAUUAUAUAUAUAUAUACACAUAUACAUCUUAUUAUACAGUAGUAAUGAUAUUAUAUUUGUGUAAAUAUUUUAGUGAUAUUUUACGCAAACGUGUUCAAGAAGAACUUCCUCAUUAGAUGAGGUUGGGAAUUUCCAAUCAUUCGCUCAUUGACUCUGAUCUAAUCCAUGUAUUGUGCAUUAAUCAUAAUCGAUCAGAUUUUUCGAAAUUACGAAAUUUAGUAAGUAUGGUUUAGAUGGUUAAUUUGCUUCAAAAGCAUUGAAACAAACAUUAAUCAUAGAAGUUAAACGUUCACUCAAAGUAAACGGUAUCGAGGACAGCUGGCUAAAUUAUUUAUUUCCUUUGUACGUCUCAUGAAAUCUUAUUAUAAUCUCAACUGAUGUAUACUUUUUAUACACAAAUACACAAACAUAUUGCAACGUUUGUAGUCAACGAUAUUCAAAUAUCAUUAGUUUUAUUUUACUUUUCACAGCGCGGAAGGAUCAUUCGAUAAGAAAUUGAUCCGAAAUUUUAUGAAUCUUAUGUAAUAACUUUAAGAUCAUGUAAUACGGGAACAAUACAAAAAUAUUUUCAAAUAUAA